GCGCCCCGGUCGAAGCCGGGGGAGCAGCCGCCAUUGUCCGCGGCUGAGGCGAGGCCUUUGCUCGGGCUGUGGGGCUGCUGUAGCUGCGGGGCUCGGGGGUCGGGAGAGCCGGCGGGGAAAGGCGGCGCCAGGGCGGGUCCUGCGCCUGCCCUUUCCGCGCCGGCUUUGCGCCCUCGUUGCCUUCGGCUCUCCAGCCAGCAGCCUGCCUCCGGCCUCCCGCCUCCGGGCGCUCUUCCUUGUCUGGCCGGACGGGCCUGGGUGAACUCUGCACGUCGGCUCCGCGCGCCUUUGUCCCCGAGGCCGCGCCUGGAGCUCCCAAGCGCACUGCUGGGCCGGACCUCGGCGCGGGACAAAAGCCAAACGCCCCAGGCGAGGCGACCCCGAACCUGCUGCGCCGCUUUCAAGGGGGACCGGCGGCUGCAAGCCAGGUUGAAAUUUGCAGUGUUCCUGAGCAGGUGUCCUCAGGAUGGCAGCCAUCAACCCAUGGGCCUCCUGGGGUGCCCUUACGGACCAGUCUUGGGGGAUGACGGCUGUUGACCCAUGGGCCUCCUGGGCUCUGUGUCCUCAGGAUCCUGCCUGGCACGUGGAGGGGAACCUCGAGGAGGGGAGGAGGGCCACUGGGCUCCCAGCAGCCCAGGCUCAGGAACCAGUGACCUUCAAGGACGUGGCCGUGGACUUCACCCAAGAAGAGUGGGGGCAGCUGGACCUUGUUCAGAGGACUCUGUACCGCGAUGUGAUGCUGGAGACCUAUGGGCACCUGCUCUCUGUGGGAAAUCAGAUUGCCAAGCCUGAGGUCAUCUCCCUGUUGGAGCAAGGAGAAGAGCCAUGGUCGAUGGAGCAGGCAUGUCCUCAACGCACUUGUCCAGAAUGGGUGAGAAAUCUUGAAAGCAAAGCAUUGAUCCCAGCACAGAGCAUUUUUGAGGAAGAACAAUCCGAUGGCAUGAAGUUGGAAAGAUAUAUAUGGGAUGAUCCUUGGUUCUCCAGGUUAGAAGUUUUGGGAUGUAAAGACCAAUUAGAAAUGUAUCACAUGAACCAGAGUACAGCUAUGAGGCAGAUGGUCUUCAUGCAAAAGCAAGUACUAUCCCAGAGAAGCUCUGAAUUCUGUGAACUUGGGGCAGAGUUUAGCCAGAACUUAAACUUUGUUCCAUCUCAGAGAGUUUCUCAGAUAGAACAUUUCUAUCAGCCUGAUACACAUGCUGAAAGUUGGAGAUGUGACUCAGCCAUAAUGUAUGCAGAUAAGGUUACCUGUGAAAAUAAUGAUUAUGACAAAACUGUUUAUCAGUCCAUUCAACCUAUUUACCCUUCAAGAUUACAAACUGGAGAUAAUCUUUUCAAAUGUACUGAUGCUGUUAAAUCUUUCAAUCAUAUAAUACAUUUUGGUGAUCAUAAAGGAAUUCACACAGGAGAAAAACUCUAUGAAUAUAAGGAAUGCCAUCAAAUCUUUAACCAGAGCCCAUCAUUUAAUGAACACCCAAGGCUUCAUGUUGGAGAAAACCAGUAUAAUUACAAAGAAUAUGAGAAUAUCUUUUAUUUCUCAUCCUUUAUGGAACAUCAAAAAAUUGGUACGGUAGAGAAAGCGUAUAAAUACAAUGAAUGGGAGAAAGUCUUUGGGUAUGAUUCAUUCCUUACUCAGCAUACAAGCACUUACACUGCAGAGAAACCCUAUGACUACAAUGAAUGUGGGACGUCUUUCAUCUGGAGCUCUUACCUUAUUCAGCAUAAGAAAACUCAUACUGGAGAAAAACCCUAUGAAUGUGAUAAAUGUGGAAAAGUUUUUAGGAAUCGUUCAGCCCUUACUAAACAUGAACGGACUCACACUGGAAUAAAACCCUAUGAAUGUAAUAAAUGUGGAAAAGCCUUCAGCUGGAAUUCUCAUCUUAUUGUACAUAAGAGAAUUCAUACAGGAGAAAAACCUUAUGUUUGUAAUGAGUGUGGGAAAUCUUUCAACUGGAACUCUCAUCUUAUUGGACAUCAGAGGACUCAUACAGGAGAGAAACCUUUUGAAUGUACUGAAUGUGGGAAAUCAUUCAGCUGGAGCUCCCAUCUUAUUGCCCAUAUGAGAAUGCAUACUGGAGAGAAACCCUUUAAAUGUGAUGAAUGUGAAAAAGCUUUUAGGGACUACUCAGCCCUUAGUAAACAUGAAAGAACUCAUUCUGGAGCAAAACCAUAUAAAUGUACUGAAUGUGGAAAGUCCUUCAGCUGGAGCUCCCAUCUUAUUGCCCAUCAGAGAACUCACACGGGAGAGAAACCGUAUAACUGUCAGGAAUGUGGCAAAGCUUUCAGAGAACGCUCAGCCCUCACUAAGCAUGAGAUAAUUCAUUCUGGAAUUAAGCCCUAUGAAUGUAAUAAAUGUGGAAAAUCCUGUAGCCAAAUGGCUCACCUUGUUAGACAUCAAAGGACUCAUACUGGAGAAAAACCCUAUGAAUGCAAUAAAUGUGGAAAAUCCUUCAGUCAAAGCUGUCACCUUGUUGCUCAUCGGAGAAUUCACACUGGUGAGAAACCCUAUAAAUGUAAUCAAUGUGAAAGAUCCUUUAACUGUAGUUCUCACCUCAUUGCACACCGGAGAACUCAUACUGGAGAGAAACCGUACAGGUGUAAUGAAUGUGGGAAAGCAUUUAAUGAGAGUUCAUCCCUUAUUGUACACCUAAGAAACCAUACUGGAGAAAAGCCCUACAAAUGUAAUCAUUGUGAGAAAGCAUUUUGUAAGAAUUCUUCCCUUAUUAUUCAUCAGAGAAUGCAUAGUGGAGAGAAGCGCUUUAUAUGCAGUGAAUGUGGAAAAGCCUUUAGUGGUCACUCAGCCCUUCUUCAACACCAGAGAAAUCACAGUGAAGAGAAACUGAAUUGAAUUUAUGCGAGUUUUUUGUUUAUCGUACAUUUUGACAAUACAUUGAGGAAAACCCUAUAAACAUAAUCAAGAGGGGACAUUUUUCAUUGAGUUCAGUAAGACUUCUCCCGCAUUAUUUACUAGAAAAUAUCUAUCUUAGAAGAAACCCCGUGAAGUAAAAGAAUAGGGAAAAGCUUUCAGCAGUUAUGUAGCCCUUAUUCAAAAUCAGAUAAUUACAAUGAAGAAAACUCUAAACUCCCCUUACGGUCUACCAGUAAUUCAUACUUGAGGACCGUGACUGUGGGGAAUGAGGCAUCUUUUAGCAAGAGCUCUCACCUACUUGUAGAUUGGUGUGAAUUGCUAAGGGAAAAACCUUAUGCAGAGAAAAGUUUUUGACUGGAAAUACACUGUUUUGCAUCAAGCUGGAGUAUUGGAUGGAAAACUUUACAAUAACAUUUUGUGCAUAAUUGUAGAAAUACAGAUUUUGUUGUUAUAAGGGGAGGGUCUAGGUGCUCAGGAGUAGAAUAUGAAAUGCUAAAUCUGAAUGUAAGAAAAAUAAUAGUAUUGAAUGGGGUAUUUACUGUUGAUUAACCUCCUUAGAGAAAAUUAAUGAAUGAGAUGACUAAUGGUAGAAAAGUUAUUGCCUAGGAGUAUGAGACUGAUGUUGCUGGACAGAAAGUGAUCCUUAGCCCGGUGUGUCAGCGUCCAUUGUUACUCAUCACUGCAUUGUUGGGCAAUUAGUUUGUAUUUUGUUUUAGGCAAUCACUAUAAAUUAUAAUUAUGGACACUGCAUCAGUAUACAUAACAAAGGAAUAAAAAGGAUACAGAAUUGUAUAUACAUAUUUACUGUAACAGAUCUAAAAAAUGUGUAUGGAUAAAGACCUGAAAGAUCCAUGGAAAAAUUAACCCAGUUAAUUUGAGAUUUUUAAAAAAUUUUACAAAUACAUAUAACAAUUAUGUGCUGGGCUUUAUUUUAAAUGGUUUCCAAGUGUUAACUUGUUUAGUCCCCUUAACUCUAUGAGAUAGAUACUGUUACCCCAGUUUUGCAAAUGGCUAAGCUGAAGCAGAGAUGUUGAAGGAUCCUACCUAAGGGGCACAACUAGUAAGGGAGUAGAGCUGAGAUUGUUUGGCUCCAGAGUUCUUGUUUUCAGCCACCAUUUUAUGCUGCCUCGCCAGUGAAUUUUUUUUCCAUUUUCUUCAGUGUUUCUAUAGUAGAGAUUUGAUAAUAAAAAGAAAAUCCUAAACAAUGAGGAAUAA